UAUAAGCCCUAUAAUUACCUGCUGAUUUAUCAUUUUGACUAUUUGUCCAUUUGAUUAUAAGGCUCUCAUCUCUCAUCUCACAUCUGCUGUGUAUUUAAGCAGCAUAAGUUUGGGAUAAAAUGUUCUUGUUUACCUAUGCCUAUGUUAGCCUAUGCAUUGAGGCAUGCGUUAAAAGGCAAAUAUUCUCUUCUAACAUGCAACAGGCCUUUCUGUUUGCAAAGAGGUAAAAAGGCGGAAAAGAAAGAGGGUAUGAACCUGUUUCCAUGUCAAACAUUUCAAUUCUCCAUAGAAACUCUGAUCUUAACGUUGAAACUUUAUUAAAUAUUGAUGCGGAUUGAUAAGGCCGAAUUUCUAUCGGUUCCUUUUUAUUGUGGAGACGGGGAGGGAUGGCAGAGGUAAAUUGCUCUUUUAAUUAAACCAAUGCAUGGAAGGAAAUUGCUGUCUGAAUAUGGUCUCAGAGAUGGGGCUUGUGACAGUUGCCUGGAAACGUCAAUCUGUCCACAUUUGUUCCAGAUCACCGUUUUGAGAUAAAGUUUAAUAAAACAUUUUGUGCCAAUGAAAGCCUAUCCUUUCACAUCCACCACCACAAUGAGACAGAACAGCGGAGGAAGCCUUGUGUUUAACAUGUAUCUCGCAGACCAUACGGGAAAUCUACUGAAGGAAAGCAAAAGCUCCUCUUGGACCCCAAUCAACACAGGCGUACAAAAAGGAAGUGGACAAAUCCAGCUAUGGCAAUUUCUUCUGGAGCUGCUGUCAGACAGCGCCAAUAUGUCAUGCAUCGCCUGGGAGGGGACCAACGGAGAGUUUAAAUUGAUAGACCCGGACGAGGUAGCCAGACGGUGGGGAGAACGCAAGAGCAAACCCAACAUGAACUAUGACAAACUGAGCCGAGCUCUGCGCUAUUACUACGACAAGAACAUCAUGACCAAGGUGCACGGAAAGCGCUACGCAUACAGAUUUGACUUUAACGGCCUGGCACAAGUGUGCCAGCCCUCUUCCACCGAACAAGCGAUUUAUAAGUUCCAGAGCAACUUCGCACCCAUACAGAUUUCAGGCAUUUCCAAACUCAAUCUGGUUGCUCCAGGUGUUGGUCCGUCAGGGUUCUCCUACUGGCCUGGAUCUCCUCCGACCCUUUACCACAGCCACAACCUGCAACAACCAGGACCUUUCGGUGCCAUGUCUGCGUCGCAUUUAAGUUGCGUUAAUAAUAUCAAUAGUUUAAAUAACUUCAAUAAUAUAAAUAAUCACUAUAACUGAUAUACUAUAUAGAGCCUAUAUAUAUUUCUAUGUGUCAAGAGAGCGCCAUUGAAAAGCAGAUAUGCCUAAUACUUUAAACCAUUAAGACAUAUAGGUCUAAACAAUCAAUAUACACAAAAUUCGAGUAAAAGUGAUAGUCUGAGCAUGAUAUACAGUGCACCAAAUGUAAAGGUUUUGCUCCUUUGGAAAUAAAUUGGUACUUUUAUUCACCAAAGUGGCAUUCAUCUGAUCACAAUGUAUAGUCAGAAUAUUAAUAAUGUGAAAAAUUACUAUUACAAUUUGGAAAAAAAAAUAUUCAGAACUUUUUAAACUACUUCAAAGAUGACAGCUUUGCAGAUUCUUGGCAUUCUAGCUGUCAGUUUGUCCAGAUACUCUUGUGACAUUUCACCCCAUGCUUACUGUAGAACUUGCCAUAGAUGUGGCUGUCUUAUCGGGCACUUCUCACGCACCUUACAGUCUAGCUGAUCCCACAAAAGCUCCAUGGGGUUAAAAUCCACAACACUCUUUUUCAAUUAUCUGUUGUUCAAUGUCAAAUUCUUUGCCCACUCGACCUUAUCUUUUAGAUUUCUGUUUCAAAAGUGGCUUUUUCUUUGCAACUCAUCCCAUAAGGCCUGCACCCCUGAGUCUUCUCUUUACUGUUGUACAUGAAACUGGUGUUGAGCUGGUAGAAUUCAAUGAAGCUGUCAGCUGAGGACAUGUGAGGUGAUCUAUUUCUCAAACUAGAAACUCUGAUGUACUUAUCCUCUUGUUUAGUUGUACAUCUGGCCUUCCACAUCUCUUUCUGUCCUUGUUAGAGCCAGUUGUCCUUUGUCUUUGAAGACUGUAGUGUACACCUUUGUAUGAAAUAUUCAGUUUUUUGGCCAUUUCAAGCAUUGUAUAGCCUUCAUUCCUCAAAACAAUGAUUUACUGACGAGUUUCUAGAGAAAGCUGUUUCUAUUUUUGUUUUUUGACCUAAAGACAUGCCAGUCUAUUGCAUACUGUGACAACUCAAAAACAAACACAAAGACAAUGUUAAGCUUAAUUUAACCAAAUAGCUCUCAGCAGUGUUUGAUAUAAUGGCAAGUGAUUUUCUAGUACCAAAUUAGUAAUUUAGCAUGAUUACCAUCUAGAUUUGAUCAAAAAUCAUUUUUUCAAAUAGUGAUGGUGCUGUUUUUUACAUCAGUAAUGUCCUGACUAUACUUUGUGAUCAACUGAAUGCCACUUUGGUGAAUUAAAGUACCAAUUUCCUUCCGAAACAGCAAAAUAUGUAAAUUAUUCCAAACUUUUGGCCGCCAGUGCAUAUAUAUUUUGUUGACUGUUGAUUGCAAAAGCGUCCAGCCUAUGAUAAGGAAGCAAUUUAGCGCCACCCUAUGGACAAAAAACGAUAUCAUCAACCUAGUUGCGUUCGUCAUUUGCAUCAAUUCAAAUUAGAUUUGCUUGAAUUACGUAAGAUGUUUAAUUCAUUAAGUUAAUUCAAGAAACUUAUAGGCUAUUUAAUCAAGGUCUAACUUUAAUAAAUUAUCGAAUGAUAAACAUAAAUGAUGAAAUUAACGUAGAGUUAAUGCUGGAGAUUAGUCAUCUUUGUUCGAGAACAAAUGCUAUAUAGCCGUGAAAAGCAAAGCUGGUAAAAUAAAGUGUGUGCAUUUGGAUGCUGCACUUCUGUAACUGAGCAAAUUUGUAGCAUAUGCAACGCUAAUGCGCACUGAUAUAUGAACAAUUAUUUAACGCCGAUGAAGGUCUGGGUCUGAACACUGGGCAUAAAAAAGCGAAAUCGAGUGAAUCGUAAAGAAUGGAUUUCACGGGUACUUGCCUAUGCCCAGGUCACUUUUCUUUUUGGUAUGUUGAUUAUUUGGAUACAUAAUAUAUUUUACCUGGAAAAAAUACAUUAAAUUGUAAUAUUAUAAAUUAACAUAAGGUCUUUUGUGUUUGUGUGUGUCUAACGAAUCUAUAAUGUCAAUAAAUCUUAACUUUUAUUAUUAUUAUUAAUAUUAUGAAAAAUGAAAAAACGUGUCACAUUGUGGGGCCUACCAAUUUGCCAUACUUAGCAAACAUAGACUAAUGUUUAAAGAAAAAAGAAAGAAAGGAAAAAAAAAAGAAAUAAAGAUUUGAAGGUUAGGGAUAGGAUUAGGGGACAGAAAUGUCAUAAACUCACAACAGAAGUCAAAGGAAAGUCCCCACCCUUAUAAAAACAAACACAAUGUGUGUGUGUGUGUACUUACUUGACUAUACAG